AUGUCGGGCUCCGACUGGUCCUCCAAGAAGGGUGCAACCUCUGAGGUUUACGCCCGAGACGAUUUCGAUCCAGAACUACAGACCUCGGAUAUCUUGGCUCCCCGCGGCGCAGCACCAACGAUCUCGAAGGAACAACCAGGUUCCUGGAUUCCGAGCACCCCAGGUGGAAGCACCCUUGCAGGCGAAGCGAACGAGGAAAAAGCCAUCACCAACCUCGACCAUGGCUGGAGACCCUGGAAAGUAGUGAUCGGGUGUUUCUGCCUGAUCCUUCCCACCUACGGGCUGCUCAGCAGCAUCGGGCUGUUCCAGACGGAGUGGGAACAAAAUCAACUUCGAGGGUACUCCAAGAGCAAAAUUUCCUGGAUCAUCUCCAUUUUCGGAUUUUUUGACUGUUUCUUCGCCGCACCAUGCGGGAUCCUUUACGACCAAUUCGGACCGCGUAUACUCUUAUUUGUGGGCAGCACGAUCUAUGUUGCCUCUUUCGUCGGUCUGGCCUUUUCGACCACGUAUAGCCAGUUCAUGGCUUGCUUCGUAGUCGCUGGAAUAUCAGCCGCUGCCCCUACCACGGUAGGAUUCACUGUCGUAAGCCAGUGGUUCAAGGUACGAGAAGGUCUUGCCACGGGAUGUGUCACAGUAGGCUCUGCGAUUGGGGGCAUCUUCUUCUCACUAGUCUUCCAAGAGCUCUUCAACAGAUAUGAGUGGAGGACGGGCGUCCUCAUUCUCGCCGGCAUUAUAAUGGCCUUCAUGACUGUUGGGAACUUGCUUGUGGAGAGAAAUGAAUCACAACAAACAGGCGCAGAGGCCGACAGUGAUUGGGACUUUUCAGCGUUCAGGGAGAUGAGCAAGUCCCCGAAAUUCUGGCUAAUUUGCGUUAGCAUGUUCGCAUAUGAAAUGGUUUUGUUCAGCCAGUGGGGAUCGAUUCCCUCAUACGCCGUCUCCACCAAUUUUGGCGAUAAACAGUUCUACCUGAUGAUGACUUACAACUUGUAA